AUGACGUCGACACAGGAUAGCUGGCUGCAAGAUGCCACCCGCUUCAGCAGCAUUCCCCUUCUUGUCGGUGUCACCGGCUUGCUGAUCGCCUUACUCGCAAAUGUUGCCUACAAGCUGUUCUUCCACCCACUGCGAGAAUACCCGGGCCCGCUGUUGUGGCGCCUCACAAGUCUCCCGUCCGACUACCACUCGUUCAACGGCACCUUGGUCUUCAAGCUACGAGAGAUUCACCUCAAGUACGGCGAGUCAGUUCGGAUUAGUCCUAACGAGUUGAGCUUCACACAAUCAAGAGCUUGGAAAGACAUCUACGCGGCAAGAAACCCAGAGUUUCCGAAGGACCAUCGAAGGACCGCGUUGUCUCCCAAUGGCUACUACAGCAUUCUCAACGCGCCCAAGGAUGAACAUGCGAGGUUCCGCAGACUGCUGGCUCAUGCAUUCUCCGAAAAGGGAUUGCGCGAACAAGAGCCACGCAUUAGGCAAUAUAUGGACUUGCUGGUCGAUCGCUUGAACGAAUGUGUCCGAUCAGGACAUGCUACGAACAUGGUAGACUGGUAUACGUCCUGUGUAUUCGAUGUCAUUGGAGAUCUGAGCUGGGGCGAAUCCUUCGGCGGGCUGGAGAAUCGAGAAGUCCACGAAUGGGUACCAGCGGUAAUGGGCAACACACGCUAUGUCUUCCGGGCAUCGGCCUUGACACGAUGGGGCCUUGGAAACUUCAAGAACUGGCUAGUAGACAACAAGACACUCGAAUCGCGCAAGAAGAACUUUGCUCUCGCUGCACAGAAAGCUGAGAAGCGAGCUGCCCAAAAAGGCGAAUCUCGAGGAGACUUCUGGGACAGGGUCUUGAUCAAAUCAGCGGAUGACAACUCCAGUGGUGAAGGUAUGGUAAAGGAAGAGAUGGUGAACAACGCUGCCGUUCUGGUUCUGGGAGGUGCAGAGACAAGCGCGUCAACUUUGUCCGCCACUACGUACUUGUUGCUUAAGAACCCAGAGGUUAUGAAGAAGCUCGUAGAGGAGACCAGGUCUACUUUCAAGUCAAGCGACGACAUCGAUGUGUACUCUGUCAACCGCCUUCCUUACCAAUUUGCCGUCCUCGAGGAGACAAUGCGUUUCUAUCCACCAGUGCCGGAUCAAGCCCAACGCAUUCCACCGGCGGGCGGUGGUGUCGUUAACGACAAGUUCAUCCCUGAAUGGACAACUCUCCACGUCCCACAAAUGGCGGUAAAUUUCAUGCCCCAGAACUUCCACCGUGCAUGGGACUUCGUUCCCGAACGCUGGCUCGACGAUGCUCCAGCAGAGUUCGCCAACGACGACAAAGCUGCCUUCCAGCCCUUCACUAUCGGCAACAGGAACUGCAUCGGCAGGAAUCUGGCGUAUGCUGAGAUGCGGUUGGUUCUGGCCAAGGUCAUCUACAACUUCGAUAUGGAGCUCGAUGAGAAGGCGACGGGCAAUUGGUGGGAUCAGAGGGCUUGGGGUGUGUGGAGCAAGGGUCCUCUCAUGGUGAAGUUGACGGCUGCGAAGCACUGA